AUGAUCACCGUGGUGGUCAUCGUCGUGGUGAGGGGUGAGGUUGUGAAUGUCCGUUCGUGUUUUGUGAAUAGACUGCAAUUCUUGGAACAAAUUCGUACUUCUGCACGGUCGCAUUUGAGCACAAAACUGUUCGAUGGGCGCCAAAAAACACAUUUGACCGCCCACCACAAAUCAGGCGAGGGUGGUCACUUGCACCCGCGCCGUGUGCCCCGAUCCGUCAUUCACCGUAUGAGUCAAGAGUCUGGCAAAUCUUGGUUUCCUUGUCGGUCGACACGGAAGAGUACAGAUGCGAAAUCCCGAGAACGAGGGACAAGUACAACGGAUAUCACUGCUGCCACCGUCCAAGUGGAUGUUGAUACAAAUACACCGACCACGAGUCCCAACCCCAGUCCGGCUGCCCCAAUCGCCACCGCCGCCGCCGCCACCAUCACAACGGGUUCCACGAUCCCGGAUUCCAUGACAGGACAAUUAAAAGCCGAAACGAUUGGCACCAAAUGGACGGAACAUGUGUACUCGUGGUCAGCUGAGUCCGAAUGGCCGGAAUGUCGGAUUCCCCAACCCGUGUUUGCACUAUUUGUCUAUUUGGCGCAACGAGGUGUUCACGUGAACGAUCUGUUUCGACGUCCGGGGAAUAUCACUCAGAUGAAGCACAACCCAUCUUUGCGAGCUCAAUGCAGGCAACGCACCUUGCGCAUCUCAGCAAUAACCUACAAGGUUAUGCCUCGGUUGGAAACAUUCCAACCCGAUUAA